AUGGAUGAGACCUGUACCGGUGACAACAUUCUAAAAAAUACAAAUAUCAUUCUAACUCCGGUUCAACACAAAAACAUAUCUUUUAAAUAUGCUUUAUUGUGUAAAUUUGCUCAAGCAGACCCCACAAAAGCCUUUGAAUUUGAAAAUGAAUAUGACUGGAGCAAUAUCACUUUUCCCGUUUUGAGACCGGACAAUGAUUUUAUUGCACAGUUUGAAGCAAGAAAUAAUUGUAGCUUAUCUAUUUUCUUUAUACAUGCCGGUCGAAUACUCCCAUGGAACCCACCCAAGGACAACUUAGACAACAACAUAGACUUAUUGUAUGUAAAUGGCACGUUCCACUACAUUAAAGACUUUGAUGCUCUUGUUGGACUACAACUUGGAAAUUUACAUCGGCGGGCUUGCGUUUGUAGAAGAUGUGGGCAGCGAUUUUACGAUAGAACUGGACUGACUGCUGUACAACAGUUGGAUAGGCACAAACCUACUUGCGAUCCUGAUAACCCCACUAAAUUCGAAAUGCCCAUUGGAGAUAAGGCUCAUAUGAAAUUUCAAAACUACAAUAGACAGAAAAUGAUUAGAUUUAUUGCUUAUUUAGAUUUUGAGGCGUUAAAUGUACCACAAGUUUCAACUGGCAACACCACCAUUCUACAAAAACAUUGCCCUUUUGCUGCAUCUUACCUCCUACUGGAUGAAGAAGGACAGUAUACUAAACCUCUUCGAGAAUACUGCGGAUUGGAUGCGCCACAAAAAAUAUUGUCUAUGCUUAUGGAAGAUGUUCGGGAAAUUGAGUCUAUUCUCUACAGCAAUAGGAUUAAGCAGAUACCAGUAUUAACAGAGGAACAACAGCGACAAUUUGAUAACUGUACAACCUGUCAUGUUUGUGGCAAGGGCGAAUUUACACUUAACAAUCCAAAAUCAAUAGACCACAAUCAUUUGACAGGCCAAUAUCGUGGAUGUUGUCACAGGAUCUGUAAUCUUUUUUAUAGAGAUCAAAAACACAUCCCAGUUGUGGUGGCCAAUCUAGCGCGGUACGAUUCGGCAUUCAUAAUACCACACCUCGGACAAGUGAAAGUCGUACCAAACACUAACGAUAAAUUCACAUCGUUUUCUAAGACUGUGGGAAAGAUGGAACUCCGUUUCAUAGACUCUUUUAAGUUUAUGCCUCGCAGUCUUAGUGAAUUAUGUAAUAACCUACAGAAUGAUCAAAAGAAAAUUUGUAGGGAGUUUUUUCCUAGCGAGGAAGACUUCAACCUUAUAAUAAGGAAGGGUGUCUAUCCUUAUAAUUAUCUAACAGACAUGUCAAAAUUGAGUGAGACAUCACUCCCACCAAUUGAAGCAUUCCACAACUCCUUGACAGAUGAAGAGUUAAGUUCAGAAGAGUAUGAACAUGCCUGUAAGGUGUGGUCACACUUUAAUAUUGCUAACCUUGAAGAAUAUACAAUGCUAUAUUUACGGACAGAUGUUGUUAUACUUGGAGAUGUUUUCCAAAAUUUUAGGAAGAUUGUACACUCGACUUAUGGUUUGGACCCUGCAUAUUAUUUCACUGCUCCAGGUCUUGCAUUUGAUGCCAUGCUAAAAAUUACUGAUGUACGGCUCGAGUUGCUAACUUGCAGAGAGAUGCACGACUUCUGCAGAAGGGGGAUGAGAGGUGGAUUUGUAACGGCGCCCCUAAAGUAUUGUAAAGCCAACAAUUAUUACAUGGGGGAGUUAUAUAAUAAGGAGGAGGCAUCAUCCUACAUAUACAACAUAGACAUGAACUCACUUUAUGCAACAGCCAUGUGCCAACCCCUUCCUUAUGGAGGAUUUGAAUGGGCUGACAUUGACGAAUUGGAAGGCAUCUUAGAAGCUGGCGAGGAUUCAGAAUUUGGAGCAUUUUUAGAAGUAACCAUGGAAUACCCUGAACAUCUCCAUGAAGCCCACGGGGACUACCCUUUUCUUCCGGCUCAAGAAGAAAACGAGGACGGUAAUAUGUGUCUCAUGGCCACUGUCCGUGACAAGACCAACUAUGUACUGCACCAUACUAGUCUACAGCUGGCAAUGAAACAUGGUCUUGUUCUCAAACAUGUACACAGGAUCCUAAAAUUCAAACAAUCAAAAUGGUGUGAGAAAUUCAUCCUUUUAAAUACAGAGAUGCGUAAACAAUCUAAAAACAAAUUUGAAGAAGACUUUUACAAAGGGUUUUCAAAUUCCGCAUUUGGCAGAUCUAUAAUGAAACUUGAUGAUCGUGUUAAUAUUAAGAUUGCGAAGACCAAUCAACAAGUGGACAAGUUCUCAAGAAGUAGACUAUUUAAAGAGUUUUAUGCUGUGUCAGAGGACACCCUAGUCUUCGUCAUGCAUAAACCCAAAAUUAUAUUCAAUACUCCAAUAUACAUGGGUGUUGCUAUAUUAGACAUCAGUAAAACUAUAAUGUAUUCAUUUUAUUAUGACUAUUUAAAACCUAUGUACGGAAAUAAAAUUAGAAUGGGGUACAGUGACACAGAUUCUAUAUUAGCCCACAUAUAUACACAAGACUUGUACCAGGACCUAAAAAAUAGUCCAAUCUUCACCAGGCUUGACACAUCCAACUACCCUAAGAAUCAUAUUUUGUACCAGGCUGGGAGACGUUUUGGUUUGGGCCUGGCAAAGGACGAAGCUGCUGGAGAUUUGCCAGUAGAAUAUGUAGGGCUGUGCUCCAAAGUGUAUAGCAAGAAGAAAUUGAUACUGGAGACAGGACAAAUAGUAGUUUACGGGAUGAAGGCUAAGGGGACACAAAAAUCGAUGUUGCGAAAACAUGUGACCUUCGACGACUACUUUCAAAGUUUGAUGUCUCGAGGGAAUUUUGAAAUGAAGCUCCCGUUUACACGCAUUUCAAGCAGUAGAAUGCAAAUCACUACUGUUACAGGAUUUAAAACCGCUCUACGAUGCCACGAUCCCAAACGUUUCCUCUGCUCUGACAGGAUACACACCCUCCCCUUCGGAGACAAGAGGAUUGAAGAGGAAAAGAAGAAAAUAGAAGAAGAGGAGUCAGAGGACAGAAGAGAAAAUGAGUAA